AUGCAUUGUGGGUCUCUGAAAUUGAUCCAGUAAAUUGGAGAUGGCGCUGUCUACAGUGUGAGCGAGUUAGCAGCCAAAGUUGGGUGAACACAGGAAAGUUCGCUGGAGUAGAGGGGACUACGGAUCCAAGAGCCAGCCCCGGGGGCUGACGGAGUUGCCCUAGAUGGAUGCGUUCUGGCGUGCGCUGUGUGCCACUGCUUUCUCGGGGAGCAGUGGAACUCAUUCGAGAGAUCAAGGACCCCGAUAGAAAAGCGCAUGUACUGGCUAAAAAGGCCAUAUCAGUGUGAUUCCCGGCGGAUACCCCAAGAAUGGAACAUCUCGUACGAUCUGGAGCGGAGGAUAAGUGUCAGCAGCCAGAAUUUUGACGCACCUGAAUCAGAUUUUUCGUCAUUCUCUGAAAAUGAAAAUAUGUCAGACCAAGAAUUAGAUUUAGUCGAUAGACCCAGUAUGAACAAGGAAAAAUGUUUUAAAUUGUCCACAAAUAACAAAACACCCAAAGAAGGUACCAGAAAAAGUAGCGAUGUCAAUAUAAAAAGCAGUCCUGAUUCUCAGCGGGCGAUCCGGUACAGUGUCAGUGGCUAUGCAGCACAGGACGCGCAGAAAUCGGAUAGUACUUUGCCUCCGAGACGCUCUGCUCAAAUUAUGAGUCAUGUAUCUCAAUCCUCAGUGCCUCUGGCUCAGUUCCAGGAGUUUAUGCCACAGCGCUGUUAUGACACCCCUUCUGUCGCGACACCUGUGCAAGACAACGGAAUCAUUAUACGCAACAAGCAGUGGCUACCAGAGGAGAAUGCCAAACAUCCAGACCCAAGCCAGCAUACUGCCGACAGCAGCUGUAACUCCAGGCAUCCUUUGGUUCUGUUACGCAAACGUCAUAAAGCAGCAGAUGUUGCUGGGGCAGCCGCUGCACUGUCACCUGCUGGCGCCCAGAGCAGUUCCGACCGCGACGCGUAUGUCCUGAAGGAAAGUGACCCUUGUGAGUCAAAUGACGGGGGUAACCAUGCCUGCGACUCUGACUCUGAAAACAAUGAAAUAAACAUAACGAGUGAUGACGACCGCGACGUUCCUGAACUCAGAGGCAAGAGGGAGCGCGGAGCGGCACUGAACAAACAGCAAAGGGAGCUGGGUAGUGUCAUUUCAAAACCUCACAGCAGUAGUGCGGUGGAGGAGUGUGCAUGUUACAUCUGUGGAAGCAAGCUGUCCCCAACUAACCAGUUCAGAGUGUAUGUACAGAAACAAGAGAGAACUAUAAACGAGCCAUUUUUCCCAUUUCUGUGGCUGCACAAUCCUCCCCCUGGGGCUGUGCCCUUGAGCCCUGGAGGGUGCACCCUGGUGUGUGCCUGCUGCCACUCUUCCCUUAUGCAGCAGUGGCAGGGCUUCGAACUGGCUAAUGUGCCCGUACUCCAGCGCCUAUAUGUUGUUCCCCUGAACAUGGAUCCCGUGGGUCAGGAGCCCCAUACUCUUCAGAGUCACAAACCAGAGCCAGAGCCCACCCGGGAGGCCUGCUUCCUCUGUGGCCAGGAUUGCGGCAAGGAUGUGAAAGUGGCUUACGCAAAGGCAGGGCCAGGCAAAGCCCGGAGUGCCAUGCACUUCCCCUUCAUUAACUUUCUCCCCUGCCCUCCAAACGCCAGGGGGGUGAAGAAUGGGAAGGUGCACUGCUGCAAGCUGUGCCACGGCAUCCUGGAGGAUAUCUGGGCCGCCUACAGGCUGUGUCUUAGUGAGGAGCUCAUCACGUCCGUCAACACCUUCCUGGGUAGAUACCACCAGGCAGUCAGUGGGGGGCCCAACUCCCAAAGUGGCUGCCUAGGCCUCCCUCCUGCCCAUGUGGGCCACACUUCCAUGUGCUACUUGUGUGGCACUGAGCUGGGAGCUGGCGUGGAGUUCCAGCUGAACGUGAACCCCCCGGGCCGCUGUGGGGAAGGGGAGCCCUUCUUCCCCUUUCUGACUGUGCACCCCCCUGCCCCCCGGGCCAAGCCAGCUGACUCCACAGGCCUGGUGUCCACCUGCGUGCUCUGCUAUCAUGACCUGCUGGGCCAGUGGGCACAGCAUGAGAGCCGCAGUGGUCAGCCUGCCAGCAGCCCAUGGUCCCGGCAGUACAGCUGUGACACCUUCGUCUGCUUCUUCUGCAGACAGGAGAAGAGGCGCUGGUCAACCACACUCUUGUGGUGGAUGAUGGGAAAAAACUGA